AUGAGUUCCAGAAAACUACAACAAGAGUGUGAUAAACUACAGAAAAAGAUCGUCGAAGGGCUACAGAUAUUCGACGACAUCCAUGACAAGAUUGCUGCAACCGACAAUGCCAGUCAGAAGGAAAGACUUGAAGGUGACUUGAGGAAGGAAAUCAAGAAGUUACAGAGAUCUCGUGACCAAGUCAAGCAAUGGCUCAGUGAUAGUAGCGUGAAGCUUGAUAAGAAUCUUUUACAGGAUAGCCGAAGCAAAAUCGAGAAUGCUAUGGAGCGGUUCAAGGAGGUUGAGAGGGUGUCGAAGAUGAAGCAAUUCUCGAACGAGGGUUUGGAAAUGCAAACUAAGCUUGGUGCUUCUGAUGAGGAUGAAGCCAAGAAGAAUGAAGCUUCUCGAUACCUUACGGAUGUUCUUGAUGAACUAGCCAGACAGAAUGAAUUGUUGAGCGGUGAACUAAGUACUUUCUCCGGAAAGAAGAAACUGGGUAACGCUCAGCUGGCUAUCGAGGAGAUUAACCUGAAGAUGGAAAGAAACAACAUGCAUAUCGGUAAGAUCGAACAAGUUCUUCAUAGCUUGGCAAACGAACAGCUAAAGCCAGAGAGGAUAGACGAGAUCAAGGAUGACUUGGAUUAUUAUGUUGAGAAUAACCAGGCGCCUGAUUUUAUCGAAUAUGACGAAUUUUAUGACCAGUUAGAGCUAGACGAGACCCCAGAGAGCUUCCCUGCGGCCUCCCUUCCGGGCACAGUACCUGAAGAAUCGAAAGAGGUUAAGGAACCUCCUAAGGAGACUAAAGAACCACCUAAGGAGCCUCAGCCGAAGAGCCCUGCAAAGAAGGAAGUUACGAGUAGUGCUCCAAGUACAUCCGCCUCGCAAGCAGCUCCUCAGCCUCCAGCCUCCGCUCCUUCGACUAGCAUCAAUUCAACCCUGAGCCAACCGCUGAGCCAUACGCAGCCCAUCACAGCCCCAGCAAAGCCACCUACUGGUACGGGGCCAUCUGCUGCUGGUCUCGCUCUGGUUCGUGCACCUCCACCAGGAUUGGGUUCAAGUUCGAAAUCUGGAAGCCCUGCUCCUCAGGGUACUCCUGCUAAGUCAAAUGCUGAAGAACUUAAGAAAAGAGUUAUCUCGUCGCAAGCUAGUGCAUCUGCUUCUGCUCCAGCUCCAGGUCUCACCGCAGCUGCUGUUCUCUCUAAUUCUGUUCAGAACAACACCGCGUCGCCUAGAGUGUCUAAUGCAGCAACGAGCUCGUCUCCAGCACAGAAGGCACCUUCCGAAGCUCUGCCAUCUUUGCCAAACGCGCUUACCCAGGAAACCAAGUACAUGAGUGAUGCAGCUGCUCGUGUCAACGCCAUUGCACAGAAUAGAUUGGCCAAUCCAUUGCCGUUCCUGGCCAUAAGUCAACUUCUAGAGACGUCUUUGCUCAAUUGUCCUGAUUCUUCUGAUGCAGAGAAGCCACGCCAAUAUAACCCUCAGAACGUGCAUCCUCUGUCGGUGGACUACCCACAAGAGCCAAUGUUCGAGCUUAAUUCAGCUAAGAUCAUGUCUAAGUUUGACAAUGACACGCUAUUUUUCUGUUUCUACUACAGCGAAGGUCUGGACGACCUUUCCAAGUACAAUGCAGCUAAAGAGUUGAGCAGGCGAGGAUGGUUAUUUAAUUCGGAAACGAAGCAGUGGUUCUCUAAGGACGACCGUGCCAAGAGCCGUUCCGUUUCUGUUGCAGCUGGCGAAGAGGAGGAGCGUGGAGACAGCUACAAGUACUUUGAUUACCAGAGCAGCUGGCUCAUUCGUCGCAAGGACAACUUCAACUUCAAGCAGGAGUUGCAGCAGACGUUUUGA